CCUCCAAAUGUCCUUGGAUCACCUUGUCAUAAGUUCGUUUUAGUUAGGGCUAAACCGUGUUGGAAUAUUAGUAAAGGAACUCCCUUGUAAUCUUUGCAUAAUAAGGUCUUCGUUUGUACGAAGACUGUUUGACGUCUCUGACUCUCGGAUUCUGAAUGACUGACGUGAAAAACUCUUUUCGUUCCAUUGAAAAAAAAAAACGAGAAAAAACAAAACAAGUUAGAAGAAAGGAACGGACACCCAGAGGAAGGAAUAGAUCUUCAGGCUAUUUACUAAUUGGAUCUCAGUUCCCUGAGAAAGACCUCUAUGAUAGAUCUCAAAACCAGAGGAGAAGAACUAUCCAAACCCAAAUUUGAAAUCGAGAAUUACCAACACUUUGCCAAAGGGGAAUUCGGAAAAUGGAGAGACGAUCUUGGACUUGUACGCUCGUCACGCAGCUCUGCCUCUGCGUUGCUCUGUAUCUCGCCUUCAACAUCGGAGAGCCUCAGCAGCAGCAGCCAUGGCGUCGCCUCCCCCGUCCUGAUAUCGUCUUCGUAACCGUGCGAGGCGGGGCAAGACCUGUUCGCGCGCAGACCCAUCUUCUCAAGCAGAUUGAGGAUGUUGCGAGGAUUUAUGGCGCGAGGUUUGUGGUGAAUAUCAGCGAGUUAGGGGAAGAAGAAGAUCCACUGUCUCGUAAUGCAAGUCAGCUCUCGAAAUCACCUAGCAUUCCCUGGUACACAACCAAAGCUUCAAAGGGGCAGGAAAUGGACAGUUGCUUCAAGGAACAUGUAGAAAUAGAUAACGGACCGACUUUGAACAUUGUUGGUUUGGAUACUGGUUCAUUACAGGAUCUACUGCUUACAGAAUCAAUAAAUGGCUCAGGCUCAGUUCAGAAUUGGCUGGGGAGAACCCUGGGAGCUGCUUCUGGUAACUGGUCCGUAGUCGUUGGAUAUCACCCGAUCAUUCAUUGUGAAGAUGAGAAAGUGCAGCAAUUUGAAUCAAACCGAGCUUCUGAAACACUGGUUCACCAGAGCUUUGUGAAGUUUGGAGUGAAUGCCUACUUGAGCACCAAUGGCUGCUGCUCCAACCAUACCUCUCUAGACAGCGUGGAUUACAUUGGAGUCGCAAGGACUCACGAGCACAGAGAUGAAUCUGUUGUCCCAAAUAGGAAAUUAGGUCGUGGUCUUGAUUUGCAGCAGCAAAAAGGAAUGACUGAUGAGUUCCUUCUCCACAGAGUUACAUCUCUAGAAAUGAUUACGUAUUCCAUUAGCUCAGCUGGGAAGGUCCUGAACAGAGUUGUGACCCAACAGAAGGGCAAGGCUGCCAUUUGACGCCUUACCUUCUAAGCAAAGAGGUCACGUUACUAUUCAUUCAAAGGUGAUUGAUGUACAAGCAAGACACUUCACACCGCAAACACUCCGUCAACAUGCAACACUCAGGCCAACGUUUACAUACCUACUCGAUUCAACUCGAGACCAAAUAGGUCGAGGUUUCCGAUUUGACGCUUAUUUUUGCUCAUUAGGCGGUCUCGUGAUGUUGUAUCAAGGAUAUUCGACACAUGCUAACUCAGCCGAAUUGAUGCCACAUUAGGCGACAUCGCUAUUCGUUGCAAACAUGAUUUAGCUAGCAUUUCAUUUCAAAAAAGUUAUAGUAUACUG